UAUACCAAUUGUGCCAAUCAACAGUCCGAUACAUAGCAGAUUCGAAUUGGCCAGUGGCAUGCGAAAUCGGAAUGACACGAUUCUAAGAUCUAUAAUGUACGUCACUUGGACGAAACAAGUGCCGCAGUUUCGGGAGCGUGACGAAUUACUCUUCCGACAUGCAUACACUGCCUUUCCUGAUACAGAGACUUCGUAUAUCGCUCAGCCAGGAGAACUCGUCAGUGUAUGGAACACUUUUACGAUUGUUGGUUCGUGGAUACGAUUUGCCCAGACACUGCCCAAUCCGUGCGAUGGACGAGAGAUGGCGCAGAAGAUUCGGGCAGUACUGUCAAAGGUUGACAACGGCAGUAUGAGUGCGUCAGCAUGCCUGGGUCAGCCAGAUGCACUGGAUGUGGCGGUACACGUAUGGAGUGAAACAGACGAGCGAUUCACUACUUUGAUUAAAUACAACCGGACAGCGAAAGAAUUUGACUGGUUCUCUUUGGACGUCAACGAUUGGCCUUUUCCGUUACUGUAUCGACUUAAGCUUUGCUUGGCUGAUCAAGGAGCUGGAUGUGGGCCAGAACAGCCUUUUGCCAUCCCAGUUGAACUGUCAGCCGAUGCGAUGGUGCUCUUGCUGCUGGUUCCAUUAGGAGCAGCGAUUUUGUACAGAAAGCAAAAAAUCACAAGAACCUUGAAACAACAAUGGUGCAUCUCGGCAAGUGACCUCCAUUUUGGUGAUCGCCUUGGAGACGACAGUUUGUCUCCGGGUGUGGGUGACUUGCACGGUAUGCCAGUGUGGACGAUACCAGUUAUUCGGAAAGCUGCAAGAACCUCGGCCAGAGUGGAAACAUCUAUUGCGGCUUUGUUGUUAGAACUGCACAGUAUUCACCAUGAUAACAUUCAGCGCUUGUUGGGAUUAUGCUCUACACCGCAAUACAUAUGGAUAGUAGUACCGUUGGUGAAACGUGGGACUCUGGAGAUGCUGAUGGCGGUCAUGGAGCUGGACUGGGAUUUUCGAUUGUCGUUUAUCAGUGAUAUCAUGCAGGGCUUGUCGUAUAUUCACAAUUCUUCGCUGAAAUAUCAUGGAAAUUUAUCGGAGCGGACAUGUCUCAUUGACAGCCGCUUUGUCGUGAAAAUCGCCUGUCUGGGGUUCGAGCAAAUAAAGGCUGUGGUAUCACCGACUAGGCAAUCCCGUAAAGUGAAACCGGUGCACUUCAACGUAUAUCAGAAAACGGAUAUUCUGUCAUUUCACGCUCUCGUGAUCCUGUUGUCUAAAUAUGUUCCCAUGGAUUUGACACAUGUUGGCGCUCCGCAGUCAUUCAAUCUGCGGAAGAGAAUGGAAAUAUUUGGCAGCGAGAUAGAAAACUGCCACUGCAUGGAGAAUGUGGAACAGAAAUUCCGGGAGACAUUCCCGGGCAGAAGAAAAAACCCCAUCGAAAGUGUCCUGGAUCGUCUGGAGGGGUACACGGAUACGUUGGAAAAGGCUGUACAGAGUCGCACGGAAGAGCUGGCGGUGGAGCAGGACCGAUGUAAUCAACUUCUCGAACAGAUUUUGCCUCGUCCGGUUGUCCAAGCAUUACGAAGCAACAUCUACGUAAAACCCGAAUUGUUCGAAUGCGUGAGUAUCUGCUUCACGGAUUUACCGGGAUCCGUAGCAUGGAUCGCUACUGUUUCCUCCUCCAAGGUCAUCAAUCUCCUUCACGCCGUGUAUCUAAUGUUUGAUGAGGAAAUCAGCAAAUACGAUGUUCACAAAAUUGAGACGAUCGGAGAUACUUACAUGGUGGCCAGCGGAAUUCCGGUGCGGAAUGGAAUCCAGCACGUGACGGCCAUCUGCCGGAUGGCCAAAAGUAUGAUGGAUCGCUUUGGCACUUUCUGCUUACCGAAAGGAACCCACAUGCAACUGCGGGCCGGUAUUCACAGCGGACCAUGUGCUGCUGGAGUGGUGGGACAUAAACUUCCGCGAUACUGUUUAUUUGGAGAUGCGGUGAAUACGUCUUCCCGUAUGACAACGCACGGUGAACCAGGUCGAAUUCACGCUAGUGAAAACACCAUUCUCCUAAUUCCGAAAGACGCCAUGGAUGUGGUCUAUAUCAAUAGAGGGGAAAUAUUCGUCAAGGGAAAAGGUCAAAUGAGUACGUACUGGAUUGUUUAGUCAUCAGUGAGCCACAAGAGAUCGACAAGGUAGGUCUGGCAAAAAAAGUUGGAUUGUGAUUACGGCAUAUUACCGGCAAUGGCUUGAAGUGCUCUUAAAUUUUCUUAGCGCCAAUUUUAUGCUGAUAAUUAUGCAAAAACUGCUGGGCGU